GGCAUCAAAAAGGCUCUGCAGAGUGAGCAGGCCAUAGCAGCUGCCUACCUCUGUACCUAGCAGUCAGUCAGACAACCUUUGUCUGGUCUGUCCUGCCUGCCCCCGGUAGGCACCAAGCAACACUCUGCUUAGAGAGACCUUGAUCUCCAGCGUGAUUACGCCGACACUACUCUGUGGCUUUCUCUGCCUGGCUUGGGUGACUGCUGCAGUUCCAGAGGAGAGCGGAGGGAUGGCCGAGAGUAGAGCCAGGAGCCGGGAGGGCCACCGGGAGCAUGCCUUCGUUCCGAAGCCUUUUGAUGGAGCCAAUGUGGCCCCACACCUCUGGCUGUACCGCUUUGAGGUCAUCAAUGACCUCAACCAUUGGGACCAUGUCAACAAGCUGAGGUUCCUGAAAGAGUCCCUCAGGGGAGAAGCCCUAGAGGUCUACAGUGGACUCAGUCCUGAAGACCAGGGGAACUACAGGGCUGUGAAAGAGACCCUCCUGAAGACCUUCGGGGGUCCCGAGGCCACCCCCAACCACCUGCCCAAGGAGAUCGUCUUUGCCAACAGCAUGGGUAAGGGCUACUACCUCAAGGGGAAAAUUGGCAAAGUGCCUGUGAGAUUCCUGGUGGACUCUGGGGCCCAGGUCUCUGUGGUCCACCCAAGCUUGUGGGAGGAGGUCACCGAUGGGGACUUGGACACCCUGAGGCCCUUUGAGAAUGUGGUGAAAGUAGCCAACGGGGCUGAAAUGAAGAUCCUGGGUGUCUGGGAUACACUGGUGUCCCUGGGCAAGCUAAAGCUGAAGGCAUCGUUCCUAGUGGCCAAUGCAAGUGCAGAAGAAGCCAUCAUUGGGACUGACGUGCUCCAGGACCACAAUGCCAUCCUAGACUUCGAGCAUCGCACAUGCACGCUAAAAGGGAAGAAGUUCCGCCUUCUGCCUGUUGGAGGGUCCCUCGAAGAUGAGUUCGACUUGGAGCUCAUAGAGGAGGAGCCCUCCUCAGAGGAGGGGCAGCAGCAGCUUUCCUGUUGAGAAGCCCCCUCUCCCCCACACCCUAAGCAGUGGCUGGAAGACCCACCAUGGUGGAGGGGAGGGGCACAUACCAUCAGGGGGUCACUGGGCUUGGCCCACCCUCUAAAACCAACUCUUGUCCUCCUUCUCCUCCUCCUCCCUCUGCAGGGGCUUUAAUCUGCCUCUGAUGGGGGAGGCUUCCACUGGAAAAGGAACAGGUGAGGGAGAGCAGGCUGGCUUACUUGGGAGGGGAGGAGGGUCCUCAUGGUGGUCAAGCUGCUGUUGGUGGCAAAGACUCGAAGGCCAGAAGAAGGUUCCAAGAAGCCUAGAAAUGAUUGUCUUUGAGAGAGGACUGGGGGACCCUUUCAGAUCCCCUAAGAUGUGGCUCAAUCACCUUCACGCCCAGGUAACUUGUCUCAGCUGGGCUGUGUCCUGGCUGCAGGGUCCUUACGAGCAAGACCCAGCCCUGGUGGUAAGGGUCACAGCUGCUCUGGGAUUCUUCACUGUUGGGUCUUCCCACCUGCAUGAUGUAUGUUUCAUUCUGGCAUUUGCUUUGAAACCCAUUGAGCCUUAUGCCAAUAAUUCAUUACUUCAAAACCCAAUAAAGGCUGACUCAUGGAAAAACCA